CAAGUGUUAGUCGCUUGUCAACUCCCUUGCAAGAACGUCCGCAUCCGCGCAAUCAACACAUGACCCGAACAUUUCCGCAUCUUUUUUUAUUUUCUUUUUCUUUCCAAGUCUCUCGUUUCUUGCCACGCUUCGCACACAUAGUCGAGGAUUCGCGUUAAACGACAGUGCGAUCGCUCCGCGCCUUGAUUUUCGCUUCCUAAAUGUUGUCUUCGUCCACUUCGCGCUUUCGGUUUGUUUACGUUUUCAUGUUUGUGUGAUAUCGCGAUGGUGAUAAGCAAUUGGUUAGGAUUCAUUACGUUUUAUUAACUCUGUUAUUACACGAGGAUGGAUGAUGGCUCUAAGUUUUCUUCAUGAUAGCGCUUCCAAAGCACUAUCUGGGGUGGAGUUGGCGCAGCGGGAAAAAUACGCGGGCAUAAUGCGCGAGUCAUUACAAGAGGUGCUCGCCAAGGAUUCAGGGAAACUUCGAAACCAAAACAACAACAUAAAUAAUCCGAGCGUGUUGCAGAACUUCCCGGCGCUCCUAGGCUCGCCCUUGUUCCCUUCGAGCCUCAUGAGCCCCCUCCUAAUCAACCCUUCUAGUCCAAAUGUAUUCGGCAAUCAACUGUUCGGAUACACUCCACCACACUCAACGAAGAAGCGCUCCCACAAGAGCCAACCUGUGGUUUCGUCAACCAAUCAAAUCAACGAACACAAUAACAACAAUCAUGCGUCCAAAGGAAAACUUAAAGAUGAGAUGGGCGAGGAGAUAGGAUCGGGUCCACUGUCACCGCCAACAUCGGGCUCGUCGCCGCAGUCGAACGGCUCCAACGGCUCGGCCGAGGUCGGGAGCUCGGUGGGCCGCCCCUCGAGCAGCCUCGACUCCCGGGACAAAGUCUUCACCUGCGGGAUCUGCAAGCGCUCCUUCGGCUACAAGCACGUCCUCCAGAACCACGAGCGGACCCACACCGGGGAAAAGCCGUUCGAGUGCCCGCAGUGCCAGAAGCGCUUCACCCGGGACCACCACCUCAAGACGCACAUGCGGCUCCACACGGGCGAAAAGCCCUACCGCUGCGACCACUGCGACCGCAACUUCGUGCAGGUGGCCAACCUCCGGCGGCACCUCCGGGUCCACACCGGCGAGCGCCCCUACGCCUGCGAGCUCUGCUCCUCCCGCUUCUCCGACUCGAACCAGCUCAAAGCCCACAUGCUCAUCCACAAAGGCGAGAAGCCCUUCGAGUGCGAGCUCUGCCGCGGCAAGUUCAGGCGGCGGCACCAUCUCAUGCACCACAAGUGCCCGCACAACCCGAGCCGCUUCCUCCUGGGCAAGGACGAGGAGAUGCUCUCCGACCUGGAGAAGGACGAGGAGGAGCUCGAGGAGGAGCGGCUCAUCUUCAACAACAACUCCGUCUCGCAGAAGAAGAUCCGGGAGCGCAAGUCCAGGGACAUCCGGAGGGUCAUCAGGUUCCCGGCGUCGCCCUCGUCGCCCGUCCCGCCCAGACUCCUUCUCCCGUCGCUGGUGCUGCCGCUCCCUCUUCCUCUGCCCGAGCAGACCGAGCCCGAGGACCUCUCCGUCCGGCGCCCGAGGACUUUGCCACAGAACACCAACUCCAACUCCAGUAUAGGCGACUCCCCGAGGUCCGCCACGCCCCCUAGCGACGAGGACAUGGAACACGACGCUAGGUUAGAGUACUUGCAUCCCAAGUUCCGUAGGCAUUUCCUCACCACCAGUCAAGCCUCCUAGUCUUCUCUCCUUUAGUUCUUCCACAAUACUCUCGAUGCAUUCCCGGACAAAGGCCGAAAUUAAGCAUUAUCCUCUAUGUUUUCUCGUGAAAAUAAAAGCUCGCGCUUUCUGCAACGAAUAUUACCGAAAAUAACUCCUAACCAGAGACAAAGAGAGA